UUCUUCACUCUAAACCUACUAAUAUCAAUCAACUUUGCGGUACUUGCACGCAGCUGGCCACAGCUUAUGUCCCGCUGGGUACAGCUUGAGCAAUCCCUGCCGGAUCAGCCGAGACUGAGCGCUGCCUGCCGCAGAAACGCACGACAGGUCGGGCUAGUGGCGACAGUUUUGCUCACCAGUGGACUAAUUGAACAUGUGCUUUCGAAGCCGGCUGGACUGCAUCGGGCCUACCGGUGUCCGAUCCCGAACCUGCUGGAAGCACACUACAAACAAGCGUUUCCGGAAAUGUUCUCCUUCGUGCCUUACAACCCAUACAUUGGCUUUUUAGCACAAACGAUCACGUCGCUGCUUACGGUGUACUGGAACUAUGUGGAUCUGUUCUUGAUAUCCGUCAGCGUCGGCCUCCGCACGAACUUGGCGCAGGUGAACGAUGUGAUCGCAAGCUCCGAAAAGCUGUACCAUCGAGGCAUCUUUUGGAAGGACCAAUGCACGCACUACCGGCGUGUACUAGGUUUGAUACGGCACGUGAACAAUCAUAUUGGCGUGUUUAUUGUCAUUUCUUAUGCGAGCAAUCUGUUCUUCAUCUGCGUCCAGCUAGUGAAUGUUUUCCAGUGAGUUUGCUGGUUAGA